GACCUGACGAAUAGAAUAUAUAAUGAAGCAGUUUGUAAUAUGCAGAUUGCCUAUUUGGCUCAAACAUUUGAAUGACCGAAGUGUGCCGUGUAAAACGUGUUCUGUGAAACUGACUAGAUUGAGCCAGAGCGGGCUAAACUGAUGAAGUAGACUCUGAACAUUAAUUCUUUCUGGUCUGAUGCAAUGCAAGGACAGGGCGAGAUCCGUAGUAGAAUUCUAAAAACAUUAUCUUGAUUAUUCUUAGUUUCGGCACAAUCCAUCGUUGUUAUGAAUUAGCAUCAUCAUUUGAAUGCUUUUGGCGACAGUUUCUUUCACAACCACGUGGUUUUAAAAUGAACAAGAAGUGGACUGAAUGUUCAAUUGAAUCUUUAGGAUCUGCAUAAUUUGGUUUCUGAUAAACCAAGUCCUCCAAAAACAUAUCAAGACGUGUGGUUUUGUAAAUAUAUAUUGUAAGGAUCAGUGGCCAAGAAGGGGUUAAAUUGGGACUUUUUCAAAUUUCUAGAACAACAAAAACAAAUCUUAGUCUAGAUUUCUAGCCUAGAAACUAAGCACAGCAAUCAAGGAGCCUAGCAAGUAGAGCACACUAACAUGAUCAUCAUUUCCUAAAGCAAGAUAUGAGCAAAGUAAGCACAACUUGAAUAAGAGCAAAAGAAAGGAUGUAAAUGCUCAAAUUAAGUGCGAAAAUGUAAAGAGUGAGGACACGAGAACACCAAAUUUUUCUCCCAUGGUAUUAAGGAGUUGACGCUCCCUCUAAUUCAUGUUGGAGCACCUACUAAGAGUUUUGCUCCCCCAAGCCACUAAGAUUCGAGUGCUUCACUAAAAAUGCUCAUUCUCCAUCUCCGGAACGGCGAGCUUCAAACCGUGUACCAGAUCUUCUUCUUGGGACUCCCACAAUCUCCAAGAGCUCACCAAGAACCUCUGGAUCACCAAGACCAUCUAGGUGACGUCAACCACUGUUGACGCUCGUUAUUGACACACUUUUGGUGCCAUUUAAGUGGUAUUUUCGUAUCUAUUAUUAUACUAACACAUCACUUGGCACCUGAAAUAACCCCAUUUUCGUAUAUGCAUUGUAUUUUGGAGCGCAUUCUAUUUUUGCAGAAUAUUGUACCUAAAAGUAUAUUUUAGGAUAAAGCCUUGAACAAGCAACGAACCUGUAAAAAACGAAGGCCAGCAGGCUCAGAAAGAGCCCAUGCCGAUCGGCCUGGUGAAGCCCAAGCCGAUCGGCCACGGGUCUUCUAGCCCCCUCCGACGCUCAUUUUUUGCAAGCACUCCUCCAAGAUUACUUAAGGGCUAAGAUUGUGAAGAUAUGACAAGUAUCACUUCGGGAUUAAAGAGGAAUUAAAGAAGAUCAAAUGGAGAUUUGGAAAGUUAUCAAAGAUCAAUCUCAUCCCGAAGCUAUCGACGUGCCAGGCCCACAUGCAUAAAAAAUAAGCUUCCAAAACAUCAGAGGAGACUUGGCGACGAAGUUGGGCGUGAGGGGAUAAAAGAAGGGCCAGGCGAUUGGUCUGGACUCCCCAGGCCGAUUGACUUGGGGCUUUCCUUGCUCCCCUCGUCUUCCUAUUUCAGCCACGCGUCUUCCAGACUAUAAAUAUGGCCAAAAUUCAUCGACACAAGAGAUCAAUCCACCAGAACUCAACAAAAUCAAAGACGCUCACCAGAGGGAGCUGAGGCCACUACAAGUCCUCGAAGUUUCCUAGGAGAUGGUUUAGGCUAGACCCUAGGUGCCAUGGUCGUCCCUGCACGGCGAAACCAUGGUGGAGUUCUGGAGCCGAGCCUUGUGAUCACCAAGGCUUAUGUACACACAAUGGUGAUAUCAAUCUAAUCUUGUGCUUACUUUGAUGUACUAUGAUGUAUGCUUAUUCUCAUAUGUUUAGCUAACAUAUAUUGUUAGUAGGAAUAGAUGUAAUCAUGGUGAUUAGUCUAUGUCUUGCGGAUACAUCUUAGUAAUGCGUAGGAAGUUGGUGUGUUUACCUUCGUGUGGUGACAGCAUGAGGGUAGGGAAAAGGCUAAAUGAUUACAUAAUAUUGAGUAGGAUCGAUGGCAAUUAUUGUGGGAGUCAUUGGGGUACAGCUUUGGGAAAUCGGAGGCAUCAACACGCACCUCGCAGUGGUGACCACAAGAAAGUAGGCCGCUUACGAGCCGCCUUUCUGAGAAAUGACUCUUUAUGAAGUAUGGCGAGCUCAGCAACGUCGAGGAUCCUAGCUCUCGGGCUGGCGCUCCUCUGCGCCGCCGGCCUGGCAGCCGCGCAGAACGUGGCCAGCGUCGUCACCGACUCGUUCUUCAACGGCAUCAAGAACCAGGCCCCGAGCUCGUGCGAGGGCAAGAACUUCUACACGCGGAGCGCGUUCCUGAACGCCGUCAAGUCGCACCCGGGCUUCGCGCACGGCGGCUCCCAGACCCAGGGCAAGCGCGAGAUCGCCGCCUUCUUCGCGCACGUCACGCACGAGACCAGCAACCUCUGCUACAUCAGCGAGAUCAACAAGAGCAACAUCUACUGCGACCGCGACCCGAAAUACAAGCAGUGGCCGUGCGUCUCGGGGAAGAAGUACUACGGGCGCGGGCCGCUGCAGCUCUCGUGGAACUACAACUACGGGCCGGCGGGGAAGAGCAUCGGCUUCGACGGGCUCAGGAACCCGGACAAGGUGGCGCAGGACCCCGUGGUCGCGUUCAAGGCGGCGCUCUGGUACUGGAUGAACAACGUGCACCGGGUGAUGCCGCAGGGGUUCGGCGCCACGACCAGGGCCAUCAACGGCGACCUCGAGUGUAACGGCAAGAACACCGCGCAGAUGAACGCGCGGGUGCGGUACUACAAGCAGUACUGCAAGCAGUUCGCCGUCGACCCGGGGAACAACCUCACCUGCUAGGGGUGUUGUCGUACGUGGAGAAUAAAUGAUACUCGAUCGCAUACUUGUACUGGCGCCGGGAGUGAAUCGCAGUGCUUGCGUACUAGUAGCAAUAGCAAGUAGCAACAAUAAAAUGCAGGGCUCUGCGUAAUCCGACCUAAUAAAUAACGAAGCGUUUGAGAUGUGCGAAAUGCCGCGAACACUUGGCAAGUA